AUGCUAUACGCUUCUCGAAGUUGGAAUACUUUUACUCAAUUCCGUUCUCAAGGUGGAGGAACAGCAGGGCUCACAGUAGCAACGAGACUCUCGGAGAAUUCCAGUUAUGUGGUCGGUGUAUUGGAAGGAGGUGUCUUCCAUCAAAAUGACCCUCUGAUUGAUGUUCCGGCAAAUUCUGGAAACGCUACCGGGAACCCCGCGUAUGAUUGGGACUUCCAGACCACUCCUCAGUCUAGCGUCAACGGUCGUACGAUUGCAGUUCCUAGAGGUAAAAUGCUCGGCGGGUCCUCUGGGCUCAAUCUGAUGGCAUGGAAUCGCCCCUCGAAAGACGAGCUGGACAUAUUACAGACCUUUUCUCCAAGUAACGAAUGGAAUUGGGACGGCUUAAUCCCUUACUUCAAGAAGUCUACGUCUCUCGAUGCUAGCCAGUCUUUCUCUUUUACGGACGUGUCUGGGAACAAAACGUCUUCUCACUCAUUUGAUACGCUCUUCGAAGACUUCAAUGGGCCUGUGAACGCCUCCUUCAAUGACCUUUACCCGACUGUUGUUCCUGCUUACAUGGACUCAUUCAAAUCGAUAGGUAUCAGCGCCAACGCCGAUCCAGAUAACGGCUCGUCUACUGGCAUUUACAACUCUCGGUUGAGUGUUGAUCGGCCCAAUGGAGUAAGAUCCUACGCUGCUCCAGCCUAUUACUGCCCUGCUUCUUCACGAGGCAACUUGCAUGUUCUAACGAAUGCUCAAGUGACAAAAAUCGUUCUUCAAAACAGCACUUCUACUCCUGGAUUUCUCGAGGCGUCAGGCGUGCAGUUUGUCGCAGACGCGGGAACGUUCACAGCAAGUGUGAAAAGGGAGGUUUUACUCUCGGCCGGUACAGUGCAAACACCGCAACUGUUGGAACUAUCGGGUAUGGCGUACUUCCUUCUCUACGUUUCAGAGAAUCUCAGCUGUUCCAACUCUUGCACAGGCAUCGGGAAUGCUACCUUGCUUGAAUCGCUAGGCGUGGCUGCUCUGAUAGACCUUCCACAAGUCGGCGAAAAUCUUCAAGAGCACCUUUUUGUACCACUCGAAUUUCUUUUGAAGCCUGGGAGUCUCACUUUUGACGAGCUACGGAUCAACGCUACUUUUGCGAAGGAGGCAGCAGCUCAAUAUAGCGCAACGCGAACGGGCUGGCUUGCGGCUAGUGACUCUAUUCUGGCCUACUUUCCUUUCCAGUCUUUCGUGGACGAGGACCAAAUGGAUACACUGAAGAGCGCGUUUCUUAACUCUGCUUCGCAGGGAUCUCCAUCACCGUUCCUGGCCGCUGAAUACGAUAUUCAGCGCCAAUGGAUUAACCAAACGACUGUUCCCCAAGUUGAAACCAUUCUCUUCGCAAAAGGCGUCAUUUCGCCAAACAACAACGAGAGUUACAUCACGGUACUUGCGGGCCUACAGCACCCUUUGAGCCGUGGCUCUGUGCACAUAAAUUCAAGCCAGUCGCUCGCUCAGCCCGUGAUAGCCGCGAAUUACCUUGAGAAAGACUUCGAUACUUUAACCCUUCUCCACGCUGCUCGGUUGAUUAUUAACCUAGCAAACACGACAUCGUUAAGUUCCAUUGUGCAAAACAUAACCAGUCCGGCUGGCAUUCAGAGCGACUCUGACCUUGUUAAUUACAUCAAAAAUACUUUGGCACCCGGGGACCAUCUCAUAGGUACCGCUGCUAUGGGCCCUCAGGAGCUGGGAGGCGUUGUCGACUCUUCUCUCAAGAUAUAUGGGACGACUAACAUGCGAGUCGUGGAUGCGAGCAUUAUCCCAUUACAUCUUGCUGCUCACCCACAAACACUCGUGUAUGCAAUUGGCGAAAAGGCAGCGGACAUGAUACAGAGCGAAGCAAGCCUCUAG